AUGUCACCUGUUAGAGCUUUUGCGUUGAUGUCUGCCGUCCUGCCUCUGUUGCACGGGGUACAGGCAGGAUUUGACCCGGGUAGCUCGAACAACGUCGCUGUCUACUGGGGUCAGAAUUCGUACGGAAAGUCGACUGGAGAGUACGUCCAGAAACGUCUGGAGUACUAUUGCAGCGAUAUUGACGUCCUCCAACUCUCCUUCCUAACCACCAUCAACGGGCCUGGUGGAGCUCCCGAAGUCAACUUCGCAAAUGCAAGCGACAAUUGCACCCUCUUCGAGGGUACUUCUCUUCUCAACUGCCCUCAAAUCGGCGCCGACAUCAAAACAUGCCAGAAGAAAGGCAAAACCAUCCUUCUCUCAAUCGGUGGCGCCACCUACAGCGAGGGAGGUUUCAACAGCGACGCUGCCGCACAGGCAGGCGCCAAGCUGCUCUGGGAGACCUUCGGGCCCGUCCCAUCCGGCAACAGUUCUGUGAAGCGACCAUUCGGCGACGCCGUCAUCGACGGAUUUGACCUAGACUUUGAAGCCGUUGUUAGACACAUGCCUGCGUUUGCCAACCAGCUGCGCAAGUACUACACCGAGGACUCCUCCAAAACGUACUAUCUCACCGCUGCACCGCAGUGCCCCUACCCGGACCAAGCGGACAAGGAGAUGCUGGACGGAACGGUCUCCUUCGACGCGAUCUGGAUCCAGUUCUACAACAACUUCUGCGGGCUGAACUCGUUUGAGCCCGGCAAAGAUAAACAGACCCACUUCAACUUCGAGACGUGGGACGAGUGGGCACACAACACCUCUCUGAAUAAGAAGGUCAAGGUGUAUGUCGGGGCACCUGGAAACACGGGAGCCGCAGGAUCGGGCUACGUGGAUGUGUCGAGAGUGAAGGAGAUUGUCCAAUAUGUGAAGAAGUUUAGCAGCUUUGGAGGUGUGAUGAUCUGGGAUGCCAGUCAGGUGUAUGCCAACAAUGGGUUCUUGUCAGGGGUGAAGGAGGCUGUGGGGUCGUCGAAGUCGGUUGCAAGAGAGUUUGUGGCAUAG